UCUUGGGGCAAGAAGAUGUUGCUACAGGGACUCGAGUGGGUGUGUCCCUACAAGUGUUUUACAAUUUGGGGCAGCUGUCUCCUUUGCAACAUGAGAGCCAGACUGCAUUAGACCUGACCAUUCUCACUCAAGGGCUGGAGGGUAUAGUGGUCCCUAGCCCUCGGCAGUGCGGUCACUUUGAAGGCUUCCCUCUGGAUGAGGCUGUUGAAACUUAUGAACAAGAUCAUCAAGAUAUACAAACGCUGCUCGUGGUAGUACUACUUAAAGACAGACCCUCUUCUUUCCUGGACACCAUUAGCCAGUAUUGUGGGGGGUAUCCAGAGCUCUGUCAUGGAGGUGGGCACUACACUCGAAGGAAAUGGUGGAGAGUAUGCACUCUGAGAAGUAUGCAGGGAGGAAGACGUACCUUGAUAUCAAGAAUGGUCGUGCAAUGGGAAAGUCGAGAUACGGUUAGCUUAUACACAACUGUGUUAAAUGUUUCAUCCUCGUGCUCUGAAAUGGACCAGCUAUCGAACAUGGGCGAUACAUUGGAACUAUACACCAGAGUGCAGAGUGCUCGGAGUCCUGUUGUCAGGGACACCCGCCCUCUCCCGACCCUUCGAACUGUAUACACACAUGCAGAUCACUGCAGUGGACAAAAACUUCAGACUAUAGUGUCCCACACACAGUUCGAACUGAGGUACUGCAAUGGAGCCAAGGAUGAGUCCCAUGCACUUUCUCAAGAACUAUCGCACUGCUCACUCCAAAGCAGCCAUUCCAGUCAUCAAGAGUGCUCGGAGGGCUGUCCUGUUGUCAGGGACACCCGCCCUCUCCCGACCCAUCGAGCUGUACACACAGAUCACUGCAGUAGACAAAACUUCAGACUAUGGUGUCCCGCACUCAGUUCGGACUGAGGUACUGCAAUGGAGCCAAGGUGAAUCAGAAAACCACCGUGGCCUCUAUCGAUCGUUGAAGAUCUGCUGUUAGGGCUAAUUGUGGCUGACAUUGUUUGGUCUUGUAGCUGCUAUGUCAUUACCAUGUGUGCAUGUGUGCAUGAAUAUCGCUACGCUUGUUGAAGCUUGUGCAAUACCAUAAUUAUCAUGACUGCAUAUGCAUGCCAUCGUGGAAACUAUGAAUUCAUUUGCUUUUGCCUGUAGCUGCAUGGUUAUAUAAUUAUAUAAAAAACCUGACUAGCUA